GUUAACGUUACCACUUUUCGGACUGAAAUAUAUUGACUUUUCGCUGUCCCCUCCCAUUCAGUGGCAUAGCCCUAGCAGAAUCACAUGAUAUGUUGUCAUAAGACGAAAACAUGGCGGACGGAAGUAGUUUUGUUGCAGUAUUGUCCGUCUUUCUCCUCGGUUUGUGCCAACAUGGGAGCAGCCAACAACCUAAGCCGGUUUCACCUCUUAUCGUAGAAGAACAACUUCUGUAUGUGGGUGGCACAUGGGGAGAGGUCCAUACAUACAGGAUCCCCAUCAUGGUGGGCACUCCCAAGGGAAACCUCAUCACCGUGGUGGAGGCCAGGCAGUACAGCGGAGGGGACUCAGGGCCAAAGUUCAUGGCCAUCAGGAGGUCAGAGGACAAAGGUUUCACUUGGUCGGAGAUGGACUAUGUCCUGAAUGAUGGCACCUUCCAGGAUGGCAUGAACCUGGGCACCAUCCUGGUGGAUGAAAUCACCAGCGAGGUCUUCAUCUUCUACACCCACUGUGCCCACUAUGUCAAGUGUGAGGUGUCUACCACCUACAUGGUGAGCAGUAGGGACGAAGGCAAGUCGUGGAGUCGUCCCAGGAACAUCUCACAGGAGAUCGGUACCAUGAUGUUUGCACCAGGGCCUGGCUAUGGGCUACAGAAAAGGUAUGCACCCCACAAGGGCAGGCUGCUGACGUGCGGCCAUGGCACGUUGGCCGGGGACGGUGUGUUUUGCUUGAUAAGCGAUGACCACGGUGCCCACUGGAGGUACGGCGGUGUCAUGAAGAGUAUUCCCUACCUGCAGGCCAAGAAAAGGGGGGACUUUGACCCAGAUGAAAACCAGCCUGUGGAGCUCCCAGAUGGAUCUAUCAUAGUCAACGCCAGGAACCAGUACCUGUACCACUGUCACUGCCGCAUCAUCAUGAGGAGUUACGAUGGAGGGGAAACAUUCCCCCUGGAGCAUCUGUACUUCGAUGAGACUCUGAUUGAUCCAGCAAUGACCGCUGGGGCUUACUACAGCAACGGGGUCAAGUACUUCAGCAAUACAGCUAGUGAGGUCCAUCGUUCCAACAUGAUGCUGAGGUGGAGUUACGACAACGGGACGACGUGGCCUGGUGCAUUACCCAUCUGGGACAAAGCUGCGGCCUACUCCACUCUCAUGAUGCUGCCCACAAACGACGUGGACGACCAACAACAUCUGUACCUGCUGUAUGAGAAAGGAGUCAACAGUUCAGCAGAAAGCAUCUCCCUGGUGAAGAUUAGUUUGUAUGGAAACCUAUGAGGAAACUUGGGGAAAAUAAACUGAUGUCCAUAUUCAGGUUUUUAUUGCAUAUCAUGUUGAAGUAUUCAGUGAAUGUGUAAUAUGUUCAGUGCAAGUAGUUACUGAAUAACAAUUAUUACACAACAGACCUCUUUUACCUUGUGUUCCUGAGAUUCUGCCUUACAUUCUGCAUAUUUCACCGGUAACAUAAAACCCAGACUGCUGACUUGUUUUCAGCCUGUGAAUGUUUGGCCUGAUGUGAUCAGUCUCAAACCUAUGCAUAUGGUCCAUUUAGCAAAGAUAAUUGCCAUGUAUUUUUACAUUCUAAUAGAGGGAUGCAACCUUCAUUAUGUAUGUAUACAUGGUUUAUGUAUGUACAUACAUACAUUAAGUACUGAUGAGCCAUGAAAAUUGCUUCAUGUGGGCUUGUUUUUACUUGCCAUUGUGUUCUCUAUGUCUAGAACAACAUAGUGUGCCAUAAGAUUGCCAAAGACACAUGGGCAAUGUACAUACAUCUGUAAUGUACUGUCAUUGGUACUAUGCUAAGAAUAUUGAUGUUUAAUUUCUAUGUAGCCAUAAUUGAAGAAUUGUCAGGUCUUAAUGUAAAUCAGAAAGUGCAAUAGUUGUACUUAGAUCAAUUUGUGGGGCCAGUUGUACAGGAGUCUGUACCUACCAAAGAAGUAUUUAUCUUAUUGAUUUGUUUCAUAUAUAAGAAUUAAUGAGAUUGAAAUAAUCCAAGUACUCAACUGUAUAUUCAUGUACAAAGAGAUUGAACAUUAGCCUAUACGUAUAUAUGGGUGGCAUUUGACACCAAAAUUUGUAUAGCUUGCCAAGGAGCUUCUUACAGUGCUUAAUACAUAAAAAGAGCAAUACAAAUUUUCAAGUUUACGUUGGUCGUUGUCAUGUCUUUAUCAUUAAGUUCACAAACCACAAUACCAUAGCUACCUUAUCUAGCCCUGCAACAAACAUGACAAGACUGAGUAAGGAUGUCAUAUACAAGAAUAAGCUGCAAGGUUUUACUUUUUGUCCAGUCACAUCUAUUUUGGAAGGAGUUAACACAACUCACUCAUUUUUACAUCAGCAGCAGCGUUGGCAUCAUAAGUGCACUUCCUACAUAACGGUUAGAAUAGAUAUGUUGUAUAAAAGUUUCCUAGUCAAACGCCUUGGUCCUCCAUUGAGUAAGGCAAACAUUUUUUAAAUACUGCAUUAGCACAUACAUAUUUGUACAUUUUAAAGUAAAAUGUAUGAUUACUGAUACUGUAUGUGACCAUCCACGACUACUCCAAAAGGAUAUAAUGAAUAAU